GUCAAGAAAACGUCAAAUAAAACGUCGCGAUUUUGUGGAAAAUCCUGAAUUUCCCCAAAAAUGUAUUUAAUUUUGUGAAAACUUGUUUGAAAUUUUGAUGAUGAAAUUUCCACCCAAUUUCAAUGAACCCCCUCCUGGGUACAUAAGAUUCCCACCCAUUAACGUCCCUCCACCAAGUGUUGCUAGCAGAUUUCCCGGAAGUUUUCAUCCUACUGCACCCCCGCCGGGAUAUUGUGAAUUUCAGCCUCAGUCUGCAUUUCCUCCACCUCCUGUCCAGGCUGUGGGACAAUACACAGCCCCUCCGCCUCCUCCUCCACCACCUCCAGCUCCAGCUCCUGCCGUUUUGGCAAAUCAACCGGCUAAUUAUUCUCCUGGAAGUUCUCAUCAACAAGUCUCAAAUCCUCUUCCAAGGACUUCCCGGAGUUCCUCACGUUCUAGUCCACCAUCAUCCCGUCGGAGGGAUUCAGAGAGGCGAAAGUAUUCAGAGAGAAGUACCAGAAGCUCCUCAUAUUCAUCAAGCCGCCGAUCUGCAUCGAGAAGUCGUGACUACGAUAGACGUUCGAGGAAUCGUUCGAGAGAAUCCCGAGAUGAUCGUGGAAGGAAGCAGCAGCACGAGGAGAAACGACGUGAGUCACGAGAACGCCGUAGCCACAGUCACGGCGGCAGGGCUGUGGAACCAAAGAAAAAGGAAACCGAAAGGGAAAUUCUCCUGGCCAAAUGGCGAAAGAAUUACUGCGAAACAUCCGAAGAUAUUGCCCGGAAGCUCGCAGAGCUUGCCGAUGACAAAGAGAAGGAACACUGGAUACGCUCAUCCCCAGCUGAUAUCUACUACAAACGCAUCUCGGAGACUGUUGUGGAAGCAACCCCAAGGCUGGACGCACUGUGUUCCCUUUUUGAGGUGGAAUUGGUUCAGAGAGCAGCAAAGGUCAAGGAAACUCAAACCCCGUACAAUCCGCCACCGAGGAAGCGCAAAACUCACUUUUGUCGGCACAAAUCUGAGAAGUGCUCUUCAUCGGAUUCCUCAGAUGAAGAUCUUGAGCUUCAGGAGGAUUGCACGAUGGAGGAAUUAUCGCGGAAAAUUAAUCAUCCCUACCGCCUGCAUACGGAUUUGUGGUACAACGAUCCGGGAGAGAUGAAUGAUGGGCCCCUGUGUCGAUGCUCAGCUAAAUCCCGACGCAUUGGUAUCCGUCAUGGGAUCUAUCCGGGUGAGAAUGGCUUCCCCAAAUGCCUGCCAAACUCGAAUAAUGCCGACAAGCUCUAUCACUAUCGCAUCACCAUCUCCCCACCUACGAAUUUCCUCACAAAAACCCCAACAAUCAUCAAAUACGAUCAGCAUGAAUUCCUCUUUGAGGGCUUCUCCCUCCUUUCGCACGUUCCCAUUGGGGAGCUGCCCACGUGCAAGGUGAUUCGCUUCAACAUUGAAUACACUGUGCUGUACAUUGAGGAGAAGAUCCCGGAGAAUUUCACAAUCAAGGAACUCGAUCUCUUCUACACGUACCUCUUUACGGAACUCCUAGAAUUGGUUGAUUUUAAUCUUCUACCCAACACCACGGCAACGGAUGUUUGUCCCUUCUUUCACUUCCUCCCGCGUUUUGUGCGUGAUCUAUCGGACAAUGGGAAGGAAGUUCUGGCCAUGAGUGAGGUCCUCCGAUACCUCUUGGACAACUCAGGACCCCUCGUGGAUAGACGCACCCUGGCCGAUAUGAUGCACAUCAAUCAGAACAUCUGGCAGGACUAUGUGGAUGACAUUAAGGGAAUGAUUGUCGUUAAUCCCGGCAUGAAGCCGUGUUCUGUACGUGUUGAUCAGCUCGAUAGGAAUGUGUCGGAUUUGCCGGAAUGCAAAGAUGCCGAUGGCACUGUCCAUCCGGUAAUUGUUCACUUUGGCAUUCGUCCGCCACAGUUGAGCUAUGCCGGGAAUCCAGAGUACCAGAAGGCAUGGCGAGAAUACGUCAAGUAUCGCCAUCUCAUUGCCAAUAUGUCCAAACCAACGUACGACGACAAACGCCGUCUUGAGGCUAAGGAAGCCAAACUUCAAGAGAUGCGGAUGCUGGGGCGCAUGAAGAGGAACAUAACAAUAGCUGUGAGUUCCAAGAACUUCCGUCGAACUGGGAUUAUGUGUGAUAUUGUUCAGCACGCAAUGCUCAUUCCCGUCUUGACGUGCCAUUUACGCUUCCAUCGUGCUCUGGAUGUUCUUGAGGAGAACAUUGAGUACAAAUUCACCAAUCGAUACCUCCUCCAGCUAGCCCUGACGCACCCGUCGUACAAGGAGAACUUCGGAACAAAUCCCGAUCAUGCCCGGAAUAGUCUCACAAAUUGUGGUAUUCGGCAACCGGAAUACGGUGACCGGAAGAUCCACUACAUGAACACCCGGAAGCGCGGGAUAAAUACACUCAUCAACAUCAUGUCGCGAUUCGGGAAGGAAUACGAAACAGCCAGCAACAUUACGCACAAUGAGAGGCUAGAAUUCCUCGGGGAUGCCGUAGUGGAGUUUCUCAGCACAAUUCACCUCUUCUUCAUGUUCCCUGACCUCGAAGAAGGUGGUCUGGCCACCUACAGAGCUGCCAUUGUGCAGAAUCAACACCUAGCUGUUCUUGCAAAGAAACUCCAUUUGGAGGAAUUUAUGCUGUACGCUCAUGGAUCUGACCUCUGUCAUGAACUGGAACUCCGUCAUGCCAUGGCAAAUUGCUUUGAAGCCCUCAUGGGGGCCCUCCUGCUCGAUGGUGGCAUUGAAGUGGCUGACAAAGUUUUCGCUUCGGCACUCUUUUUGGAAUCAGACGACCUCAAGAAAGUGUGGGAGAAGAACCCUCCACAUCCGCUGCAAGAACAAGAGCCCCUUGGUGAUCGUCAGUGGAUCGAAUCGUAUCAAAUGCUGCAGAAUUUAACAAAAUUCGAAGAUUCAAUUGGUGUGAAAUUCCAGCACAUUCGUCUCCUGGCCAGGGCGUUCACAGACAGAAGUAUUGGCUUCACCCACCUCACCCUUGGCUCAAAUCAACGUCUCGAAUUCCUCGGGGAUACCGUACUGCAGCUCAUUUGCUCUGAAUACCUCUACAGGUACUUCCCGGAACAUCACGAGGGGCAUCUCUCACUCCUACGCAGCUCCCUCGUUAACAAUCGCACCCAAGCCGUUGUCUGUGAUGAUCUCGGUAUGACACAAUACGCUGUCUACUCAAACCCCAAAGCGGAACUUAAGACAAAAGAUCGAGCAGAUCUUCUUGAAUCUUUCCUCGGGGCACUCUACGUGGACCGGGGGCUGGAGUAUUGUCAAACCUUCUGUCAAGUUUGCCUCUUCCCACGACUGAAUGUCUUCAUCAUGAAUCAAGAUUGGAAUGAUCCCAAAUCAAAGCUUCAACAGUGCUGCCUCACCCUACGCUCAAUGGAUGGCGGGGAGCCCGAUAUCCCGGUAUACAAAGUCAUAGAAUCCAUUGGACCAACAAACACACGCGUCUACACGGUGGCUGUUUAUUUCCGUGAGAAACGUCUAGCUUGUGCAACGGGACACAGCAUCCAACAGGCAGAGAUGAAUGCAGCAAAGAAGGCCCUAGAAAAUUCCCAUGAUCUCUUCCCGCAGCUCGAUCAUCAAAAGCGCGUCAUUGCGAGAAGUGUGAAGCGACAGAAGGGCUCGUCUGUGGAUGUAAAACGCAAGGAUGGCCAUUCAGACAGGGCGAGAAGCUCAAAAGACAAUCUCUUUGAUGACUCAAACCUCCCCAAACAGUACAGAGCGAGAGAAGAUAUUUCCAGUGAGGAAGAUUUCUCAGAGAGUGAUUCCAGCAGUAGUGGAGCCACCUCAAGUGGUGGGAGUGAAAAGUCCGGAAAGAGAAUCAGACCAAAGAAGAGGAAACGAUCUCCAGCAGGGAAUGAGGCAAAUAAGGGGAAUUCAGAAGAGAAUCUCCAGGAUAUCCUUAGCUCUGUUUCCGACGAGGAGAUUCCUGACGAAAAGACAACCUACGAGGAAGGAGCUGAGAUCUACAAAGUCACAGGCACGGAGGAUUUAUCAUCUGAUCUUGAAUCCGGAGAAUUAGCUUGACAGGCUCGAUAGAAGCCCUGUAAAUCUGAUGCUUUGAAUAUUUCAAUAAAGACUUUAAAUUGGAA